GGGGGAGCGGUGUAAGAGCGAGGAGCUCAAGACGGCGUCCUCAGUGGCUCCCUCCCCCUCCAGUCUAUCCGCACAACAACCCUGUAAGUACUGAGCAGCAGUCUCACAAUGGAGACACUGACAGCCAGCGAGAUCCGCCAACGGUUCAUCAACUUCUUUGUGGAGAACCAACAUACCUACGUGCACUCGUCUGCUACCAUCCCUCUGGAUGACCCCACCCUCCUCUUUGCCAAUGCUGGCAUGAACCAGUUCAAACCUAUCUUCCUCAACACUAUUGACCCUUCCCAUCCCAUGGCAAAGCUGACACGAGCUGUCAACACCCAGAAGUGCAUUCGGGCUGGUGGCAAACACAACGACUUGGAUGAUGUGGGCAAGGAUGUCUAUCAUCACACUUUCUUUGAGAUGCUGGGCUCCUGGUCUUUUGGAGAUUACUUCAAGGAACUGGCUUGCAAGUUUGCUCUGGACCUGCUCACCAAAGAAUUUGGCAUCCCCAUUGAAAGGCUUUACGUGACUUAUUUUGGUGGCAAUGAGGCAGCUGGCUUGGAGCCUGACUUAGAUUGCAAACAAAUUUGGCUGGAUCUUGGUCUGUCGGAGAGUAAGAUUCUUCCAGGUAGCAUGAAGGACAACUUCUGGGAAAUGGGAGACACAGGGCCCUGCGGCCCUUGCAGCGAGAUGCAUUACGACCGGAUUGGGGGCCGAGAUGCUUCCCACCUUGUCAAUCAAGAUGAUCCCAACGUGCUAGAGAUCUGGAAUUUGGUGUUCAUACAGUUCAACAGAGAGGCUGACGGGACCUUGAAACCGCUGCCAAAGAAGAGCAUUGACACUGGCAUGGGGCUGGAGCGGCUGGUGUCUGUGCUGCAGAACAAAAUGUCCAACUAUGACACCGAUCUCUUUGUGCCUUAUUUUGAGGCUAUUCAGAAGGGGACUGGCUGCCGGCCUUACACCGGGCAGGUUGGCGAGGAAGAUGUCGAUGGCAUAGAUAUGGCUUAUCGGGUCCUGGCUGACCACGCCCGAACCAUCACCAUAGCCCUUUCAGAUGGGGGGAGACCUGAUAACACCGGCAGAGGGUAUGUUCUGAGGCGCAUCCUCCGACGUGCUGUGCGCUAUGCCCACGAGAAGCUCAAUGCUCCCAAGGGGUUCUUCGCCACACUGGUUGAUGUGGUGGUACAGUCCCUGGGUGGAGCCUUCCCCGAACUAACAAAAGAUCCAGAUAUGGUAAAAGAUGUUAUCAACGAAGAGGAGGUGCAGUUCUUGAAGACACUCAAUCGAGGACGACGCAUUCUUGACAGGAAGAUUCAGAGCUUGGGAGACAAUAAAAUAAUUCCUGGAGACACAGCCUGGCUACUAUAUGACACUUACGGUUUCCCUGUGGAUCUCACUGGGCUUAUUGCAGAAGAGAAGGGGCUAAAAGUUGACAUGGAUGGCUUUGAGGAGGAGAGGAAGACUGCUCAGUUGAAGUCCCAGGGCAAGGGAGGUGGUGAUGAAGAUCUCAUCAUGUUGGACAUCUAUGCUAUUGAAGAUCUCCGCUGCAGAGAUCUGGAGGCCACAGAUGACUCCCUGAAGUACAACUAUUCGUCAGAUCCGAACGGCUCCUACGAGUUUGAUAGCCCUAGGGCCACAGUGAAAGCUCUCCGACGGGAAAAGACCUUUGUGGAGGAAGUUCAUACAGGCCAAGAGUGUGGGGUUGUACUGGACCAGACUUGCUUCUAUGCUGAACAGGGUGGACAAAUCUAUGACGAAGGCUACUUUGUUAAAGAAGAAGAUGGCAGUGAAGAUAAGACGGAGUUUACAGUGAAAAAUGUACAAGUCCGAGGGGGUUACGUGCUCCACAUGGGCACAGUCUAUGGGAACCUCAAGGUGGGAGAUUCUGUGCGCCUGUUUAUUGAUGAGCCAAGGCGAAGGCCCAUUAUGAGCAAUCAUACUGCCACCCACAUCCUCAACUUUGGUUUACGUUCUGUGCUGGGGGAAGCUGAUCAGCGAGGAUCCUUGGUGGCUCCAGACCGAUUGCGGUUUGACUUCACUGCCAAGGGAGCCAUGUCUACACAGGAAAUCAAGAAGACAGAACAGAUUGUUAAUGGGAUGAUUCAGGAAGCCAAGAUUGUGUAUGCCAAGGACUGUCCCCUGGCAGCUGCCAAGGCCAUCCAAGGCCUCCGAGCAGUCUUUGAUGAGACUUAUCCUGACCCCGUACGUGUUGUCUCCAUUGGCAUACCAGUGGAGGACAUGCUGGCUGAUCCCUCCAGUGCAGCGGGUGCCAUCACAUCGGUCGAGUUCUGCGGGGGGACGCAUUUGCAGAACUCGAGUCAUGCUGGACAUUUUGUCAUUGUGUCGGAAGAAGCGAUAGCUAAAGGCAUCCGGAGGAUAGUGGCCAUCACUGGUGCAGAAGCACAAAAGGCGUUGAGGAAAGCAGACAGUCUGAAAAAGCAGCUGGCUGACCUGGAAACCAAAGUGAAGAUCCAAAGGACUCCCAACAAAGAAGUCCAACGUGAGAUUGCAGAUCUCGGCGAGGCCCUGGCUACUGCCGUCAUUCCCCAGUGGCAAAAGGAUGAGCUCAGAGAGGCCCUAAAAGCACUAAAGAAGGUUAUGGAUGAUUUGGAUCGGGCCAACAAGGCAGACAUCCAGAAACGAGUGCUGGACAAGAUGAAGCAGCUCAUUGAGGCUUAUCCCAACCAGCCCCUAGUCAUUCUGGAAAUGGAGAAUGGUGCUUCUGCGAAGGCAUUGAAUGAAUCCUUGAAACUCUUGAAAACCCAUUCUCCUGAGACCUCAGCCAUGCUUUUCACCGUGGAUAAUGAAGCAGGCAAAAUUACCUGUUUAUGCCAAGUCCCUCAGGAAGUUGCCAGCAAAGGGCUGAAGGCCAGUGAGUGGGUGCAGCAGGUCUCCAGGCUGAUGGACGGCAAGGGAGGAGGGAAAGACCUGUCAGCCCAGGCCACAGGCAAAAACACCGGUUGCCUCGAGGAAGCUCUGCAGGUGGCCACAGAAUUUGCCAAGCUCAAGCUUGGCGAGCUGAAGAACUGAACCCCGCCUAGGAUCAAACUCCAGAAGGAUGUUCCUUGCCUGCAGGCCAAUAGCUUAGAAGUUUAUUUUAGGGGCAUCUGCGGAGGACUAGACUGUACCUGGUUAUCCGACAUUCAUCUGCUUUUGACACUAACCCAAGAGAGGUGGUUGGAAAGGGCAGUGAUCUGGAUACCCGGCCAUGAAACCAGGGCUGUGCCCCUUUGAGUCCCAUCUCCUGGGAAUAGCCCAGCUGUCUCAGGACACCUGCUGCUGAGGGACUGACCUUCCUUUUGUACACCCAUUGUCACAUAAGUGUAUCCUUUGUUGCAAUGCCACUGUGCAGUUUAAAGGAAAUUCCGCAUUGUUUCCUUCUCAUCUGUGGUUUAAGCGCUGAGGUUGGGGUGUCAUAAUGUGAGUAUGUGCAGGGAUGACCAUUGCCUGCUGUCAUCACACGUCUCCUUUCUAACUGUGGAAACCCUCCCUCCACUCAUUUUAUUCACCUCUGUUAGAGCAAGCCUGCCCUCCCCGUGAAAAAUUGUGGGUCAGAUAGGGCCAGUGUUAUGAAUAAAGAAGCAAACACCACAUAUUGCAUGCUGGAAAUAAUGAACAUGUCAUUUUACUGGAUCAGCACAUUGCAUGCAAGCAGGGACAAAGUACAAGCUUCGGAUCUACGCAAUUCAUUCUCCACUUCUUUGCAUGGGUUUGGAGAAAACAUUAGGAAAAUGAAGCCUUAUCGCAGUGUUUCUCAAUCUUGGCAACUUUAAGAUAUGUGGACUUCAACUCCCAGAAUUAACUCUGGGUAAUCUUAAUUACCCUAUUAUGCCCAGCUAGAUGUCAGCAUCCAGCAAGCCUUGGGUGAUCUUGAAAAAGCUAAGCAGGGUGAGGCCAGGCUCCUACUUGGGUGGAUGACUGUCAGGGUUGUAGACUAGACUGGGAAUUUGGAAAAGCCUCACUUGGGAGAAGUCAGUAUUGAGCCACUUCCAUGUUGUUGCCACAGAAUUCACCUGAACACGGUCGUGGAGUCACCUGGAAUCAAGCUUGACUCAAAGAGGUCUUGACUUUGUUAACUCAAAUGACUGUUCACCUCUUUCAAGCCAUACCAGAGGAAGAAAGACCCACUAAUCUCAAAAUUUAUUGCAGCUUAAUUUAGUGUUAUAUAAAUACUGAUCUACAUGAUGCUACUGUAUGGGUUGAGGAAGUGUUCUCAGAGAAGGAGGACUUAGAGAUGAACAUAUAAUUAGCUUUCUUCUCUUUAUACUGCAAGUUUCUUAGACUUUAAAGGUAAAGAAGCCUUAAGUCAAGUCAAGCUCCACUACAGCCAAGCAAUCUUCUUGGCAGCAUUACAGAAAUGGUUUGCCAUUUCCUUCCAUUUUUUUCUUUAAACUUCCCAGUCUGGCCUACAGCCCUGGAAUUCUCAGGUGGUUCCGCAUCCAAGUACUAACCUUGGUUGAUCCUGCUUAGCUUCUGAGAUGAACUGAUCCUAAAGCCUGCUAACCUUCAUUUUUACCUCCAUCUUGUAGAUGCAUAGCAUCGGGCUGUUAAGAAUUUGUAGGAGCUGUGGCAUUAGACCCAAAGGCCAGGAAAACCAGAAUGAUUAGAAGUGUGGGUUCUGCCCUUCGUUGGUUUUAUGCAUUUCUAAAUUAAUGGCCCUUGUGUGGUUUAAUUGCCUGUUUCAAAAGUAUCAACAGGUAGAGGCAGUGAAAAAUGUUUGCAUGCUGUCUUGAGUCCUUGUUAGCUCACAGCUACAUGCAGUUCACAGGAGAGGCACUUAAAAGGAAAACAAAGUGACUGCAUCAUUUAGCAGUGGCAUUCUGCUUGAGGAAGAGUUCUUGAAAGCCUGCACAUCGCUUGUAAGUGUAAAUGAGACUAAUAAAGCUGCUGUUGUUGUGGGCAGUAGGUGAAUUAGAACAAGGAA